AUGUCAUCCAUAAUAUGGACAUCGUAUAAAAAUCUCCUCAUAUGUGAUAUUAACGAAAAGCAAAGGUCACGCCUCAAAGAUUACAGUUUCAAACAAUUCCUCAACAAUGAAUUGCAUCAAAUUUUGGGUUAUCAUGAAUCGAAUCAAGAAUUUCAAGAAAAUCUAAAAGAAAUAAUUCAACACAUUUUGGAAAAUGACAGCAGUCUGGUGAUAAUGAAUUCGGAAUCAGAUGAAAUCUAUGGUGUGGCUUUAAUGCAGUCAAAGGUCACGUCUCAAAGAUUACAUUUUCAAACAAUCCUCAACAAUGAAUUGCAUAAAAUUUUGGGUUAUCAUCAAUGGAAUCAAGAAUUUCAAGAAAAUCUAAAAGAAAUAAUUCAACACAUCUUGGAAAAUGAAAGCAGUCUGGUGAUAAUGGAUUCGGAAACAGAUGACAUCUAUGGUGUGGCCCUGAUGCAGUGUAUGUCGGAGGAAUGGCGUUCAUGGACGGCAUUAAAAGUUCUGAUUCACAAUCGAAAUUUAGAAGAACUCAUUGAUCUGUCACGUAAUCUAUUGCAAGAAAAUGCAUUGGAAAAUCACAAAACUUACGAUUCGCUACACAUCUUCUCUUAUUAUAUUGAACCUCUGUGGUGGGAUAAUCGAUGUUUUAGAGAGAAAUUCUUUGAGGCAAUUUCCUUGGUUGGCCAACACAGGCAUAUGCCAAGGGUGACUUAUAUGGCUUUGUGCCGCCGAGAGGGUGAUCUCUUUGAGGCCAAUGGUUUUCGGGAAAUUCAAAGAGUUUUGUAUUCAAUGUAUGUUUAUAAGGGUCGCCGACCAUUCGAUCAUUUGCGGGAUUUGGAUGAAAUGUAUGGUUGUCUCUAUGAAAAGGAAGUGGAGAAAUUGAUGCCAUUUGAGAAAUUGAAAAUAAGACAUGCCUUUGCCAUGAGACAUCCUCUCAAAAUAUUACGGCCCAUGAUGUGGUCACUACUCCUCUGCUCGCUGUUACCUUACCUCGUGUGCUCAUAUCCUAGUCUGGCGGCUCGAAAUGAUUUGAGGGCCCGUUUGCUGCAACAUGUCGAACGUUCGUCAUAUUUAGAUGCUCCCGAGGUUCUGGAGGAAACCAUCAAUGAGGUCCAGCAGAUUUUAAAUCAAGAUCCUAGCCUGCCCCGGCUGACAAGAGGUGAAAUUGAGGAACUCUACGAGAAGGUUACCCGUGAGGAGUAUCAAAAAAGUCUGGCAGCCGGUGAUAAGGUGCGAGCGGACAGCAUGCGUGCUCUGAUGCUGGUGUUGCCCUACAACACAGAUAACAAUACCGAGGAGAAUUUACAGGAACUUUUCACCCGUCCCCCGGUAACCAAAGUCAUCGAUUCCUAUACCUCUCAUCAGCCCAUACAAUUUCUAACACCUUCAGGACAGAAUGAAGGUAAAAUGGAAUCCAUACCGGUGGGUAUGAUGGAUCCCACAACCUAUAAACCCAACUAUGUGGUAAAGCAACCUCAAGCUAUGGCCCCAAAUCCCACAACAUAUCAUCCUUCGAAUCCUCCCUCUGUGCUAUAUCGCAUGACACCGUCAGCGGACAACAUCGCGCCCUUUAAACCCUUGGCCACAGAUUUUCCCUCGAAUCAUGCCUAUGACAACCAAACCCCCAAAUCGGCUCAGCGAUUCAGCAGCCAUUACAGUGCCAAAGAUGUGGAGUUCCUAAAAAUGGCCUUGGGGAAGCAAAAGAAGUCCACUGCGCCCUCGACCUCCACCAUUAAACCAGUGGCUGACAUUCUCGAGUCCAUGGGUAUUGUAAGUCAAACCCAAUCCCGGCACAAGGAUGUCUAUGAGGACUAUUAUGCAGCGGAAAGUGCCCAGGUUCCACAGGUGGUUAGCGUGGCGGAUUUAAAAGGUCUUCAGCAGCAAAGUUUGGCUCCCAAAAUUAAACCUGAUGCCUAUUCCAUGUUCAAGCCUUUGAAUAUUGGCGAAGAGAUUCGUGUCAAACCCGAAGUGGAGGGUUAUUUAACGCGGUUCGGCAUUGUGGGUGGUCGGAAGCGGAAGGCGAUUAAGAAAAACGAAGCUGCGGCCACCACACAAAAUGCUCUCGAACAAUUGGGUGAGGGUAGUGAAGUGGCCACGGCCAAGGUGCCAUCGGGUCAUACUGUCAAGGGUAAGAAGAGUGCCUCAGGAAGUGGCGGAAGCAGCAGUGAAACGGAAUUGGCAAAGCUGCUGGAGAAUCUCAGGGAAUUGGAGAGGUUAAAUGUUAACCCCAAGGCUGUGAUAACCACACCCAGACCCACGACCACCACUCGAAGGACCACAACGACCCCCAGAACCACUACCAGCACCACCACCACAACGACUACGACAACCACAACUCCCCAACCCUUGAUCACCAAUGGGGAACCUCUGCUAAUUGAGCCCAAAAAACCACGCCGCAGAAUUGAUCCCAAUUUUGAUAUAAAUUUUGGUAGCCAAGGCAAUCAUCAGACGGAGGGUAGUCAGGGAGAUCAGCUAAGUCAGCUAUUGAAAAAUCUACAGGAACUAGAAAAUCUGCAGGUGAAACCUCAAGCCGUCUUGCGCGGUGUAAUACCCACUCCCAAGGGUAGUAACGGCCAGGCAUCACGACCCGUGGCCGCAAUUACACCAGCACCCGUCACUGCCUCCUCAGUAGAGGCACAAACCCUGGCGAAUCGUUUCGCCUCAUCGGGCGGUCUGACACCGCAGCAACAUUUACUCCAACUGCAGCAGCAGGUUCGACAGGGUCAAACCCAACCGGAUCUACAACAAUUGCAAUUGGUUUUGCAACAAUUGCAGGCAGCGGAAAGGGCGAAUGCUAAGACCACAACCACCACGACGACAAGGACUCCAGUAGUCCCCUCCCUGGCCAAAUUUAAUGCCCUAACACCUCAACAACAGCUGCUACUGCUUCAGCAACAGGUGCGUCAGAGUGGUCAUAAUUCCCCAGCGGAUUUACUGCAGCUUCAGCAGGUGCUACAGCAGCUACAGGGUCUGGAGCAGAGAACUACGACCACGAAGAAGCCCACAACCACCUCCACCAAGAGGCCGCUACGCAAACUCCUAACCGAUGAUAGUGAACUGGAGAAGUUAUUCAAUCAGGCCAAGGCCAGACAGCAGCAACAGAAACCCGUCACCACCUCCACCUCGACCACCACAAGUACCACAAAGAGACCCGGUCCAUCGCUCAAUGAAUUGGUGGAACUGCAGAAAUAUUUCAAGGAAUUGAAUAGUCGUGGAACCAGUACCACCACCAGCAGCACCACUACUACAACGACACCUGCUCCCACAACCACCACAUCCACGACCACAACCACCACCACGACAACACCAGCACCGACCACAACCUCAACCACCACGACGACAACAACCACCACUCCCCGGCCUGUGGUUCGGACCUUCGAUGAAGAACGCCCCAAAAAGCAAUCAGCUGAUCAGUUGCAGUUACAGGAACUCAUCAACAGGGUGCAGCAAUUGGAGCGUCUAAAUAACCACCCCGCCAAUCACCUCCCUCCACCUCUAGCCACAGAUACUCCACUCUCCCCGCUACAAGGUUUCACCACACGCAAUGUGAAGGCUCCCCAGGCCGAGGAUUAUCGUUUACCCGUCAAUGAUUUUGCCAAUUUACGAACCCUCUACUCUCAAGUGGAGCAGGCCCAGCAGCGAGCACAAUAUGGUGAGGUGGAAAUUUCCACCAAGGCCACAGCAGCCAAGGCCUAUGAGGAGCUCUACGACACGACCACAAAGCGAUCGCAGAACUUUGCCCAGAGGAUAAUUGACAUAACCAAUGAUACGGGAUCGGGAAGUAGUCUCUCUCAGGUGGAUGCCAAUGAAUUUGUGCAGCUGCAGAAAUUACUCAGCAAGGUGCAGGAAUUGGAGCGAGUUAGGAUCAACCUGCCCACACCUAAUCCCAGGACCAAAAAUGAAAGAGAGGUGACACCAACACCCUCUGCUUUGCAAAGUGCCGCCUCGCAAAGGACCCAGAAUGUCCAGAAGUUAAAUGGCGCCCAAAUUGUUUAUCCCAAUCACAAAAUGAGCUACGAGGAGGUUGAACCCCUAACCUCCACCAAGGAUAAGGGCUAUAAACAGUUUGAGGAAAUGUUACUGAAGGACGCAGAGGCCGAUGAUCUGCGUCUUGACCUGCCAACCUACAAACAAACCCUGGAGAGACCUCAAACUAACUUCAAUAGCCAGAAAAAUCCACCACGCCAAGAGCCUCAAACUUCAAGUGAGGAGCUCAAGGAAAUUGUCUAUGCCCAACCCUAUGUGGAGGGCAAUGCCUACAAGGAUCUCCAACCUCCAAUGAUACACAAAACCGUAACCAAAGAACCUCCACGUUUUGUGGCCACCAAGGGACCCUUGGAGGUCAACCAUGUUGUGGCCAAGGAAAAAAUGAAUUUGGAGGAACUGCAAAAGCUACUCAACAAUGCCCAGGAACUCAAGAAGUUGGGCAUAAGUUUGCCUAAGGAAUUGACGGAGAAAUUGGAAACGAAGUUUGAAAAACCCGUUGAAAGUUUGGAAUUAAAUAAACCCUUGGACCUGGCCAAUAUACGGCCAGUGUUCCGGGCCACCACAGAAUCUCCUGAGCAAGAUGAAAGGAUUUCAGAGAAAACCGCCGUCUUCUCCCUGACCACCAUGAAAUCCCUGGUCCCUAGGCCACCCAAGACCACCACGGAAAGUACGGUGGAAAAACCGGUCUUCAGUGCCACGAAAAUCAUUGAGGCCGCCAUAAAGAGGGCUGCCAAUCAAAUAGGGGUCUCUACCGAAUUCCCAGGCGGUGAAGGUUUCCGUAGACGGGCCGACGACAAUGUGGAGGAUCUACAGUUCGCAGACAGUGAUGAUGAUAUGGUGGCUGAUUUUAGUGAAUUCAACUACCAAAUGGCCCUGCCGGAGGGUGUACUCCCUAGUGAAGAGCAAACCACUGCCAAACCCAAGGAACCUGAAGUAGAUUUCACCCAAAACCUAAGUGAGCUACAAAGGCUAAUUAAAAAUCUGGAGGAGUUACAAAAGCUGAACAUCAGCAGUAAUGAUAAGCUGCUAAGGCAGGCCGAUGCCCAGUAUUUGGAGUCACUAAAGCGCACCCAAAAGCCGGAAGAUGAUACGGUGAAAACCCGAAGGCAAAGUGAUGAAUCUACCGAGGCCACAAGCCCGGUGACACAAGAUAGCAGCAUGGCAAAUCCCACAAGGGUACAAUUGAAUCUGAAUUUGGGAGAGGUAACACAGAGAACGGAGAGUCAAGAUUCCACCACCACUUCUACCACCACAACAACCACCGAAGAGCCACGUAAUGGCUCUUUGGCGGACCUCGAAGAUUCCUUUGGCCCGGAUCCGGUUACCGAAUCACCACCACCACCCAAAAAGAAAAAUGGUUUCUAUUUCCUGGCCGAUUGGAAUAGUUUCCUAGAAGUGGGCGAUGGUGAUGAUCAGGUUGUGGUACGCUUAAGUCCGAAAAUUGGAGAUCCUCGAUUAUUUUUACCAGUGAAAAUACCUUAGA